CGUUCAACCAACCAUGGAGCUCCUCUUCUUUUGCACAACAGUUCUCAUCCUCAUCGUCUCCUCUGUGUACCUCCUGGGCCUCUUAGCCCACGGCCGUCGCAACCUGCCCCCCGGUCCUGGCCCGCUGCCACUCGUCGGCAACCUCCUCUCACUGGGCGCCCUACCGCACCGCUCCCUUGCGCGCCUCGCGGAGCGCCAUGGCCCGAUCAUGGCGCUCCGCCUAGGCACGGUCACCACCGUGGUCGCCUCCUCGGCAGACGCCGCCCGCGACAUCCUCCAGCGCCAUGAUGCAGCUUUCUCGGGGCGCUUCGUCCUCGACGGCACCCACGUGUCCGCGCACUACACGCACUCCAUGGUCUGGCUCCCGGCCAGCAGCCCCCGAUGGCGCGCGCUACGCAAGGUUUGCGCCGGUGAGCUCUUCGCGCCGCACCGCCUCGACAUGCACCAGUCCUUGCGACGGGAGAAGGUGCGACAGCUCGUCUCCCACGUGACGGAGCUGGCACGAGAGGGCACCCCCGUUGCUGUCGGCGGACUGGCCUUUACGACGGCGCUUAACCUGCUCUCCUCCACCAUCUUCUCCACCGACUUGGCCGACCUCGACGACCGCCAUGUCAAGCCUGGGGAGUUCAAGGCCAUACUCGCAGAGCUAAACGUGACCGUUGGAUUGCCAAACUUGUCGGACUUCAUCCCGGAAGUGGCGUGGCUAGACCUGCAGGGCUUGAGGAGGCGCAUCGAGGGCUUGUUUCACCGGCUGCAUGCCAUCAUGGACGAGCAGAUCGAGCGUCACAUGCUGGACCGUGCCGCCACAGGUGACCCGACCAAGAAAAACUUCCUGGACGUGCUGCUCGACUACCGCAACACCGACGAUGACAAGGGCUUCGAGCGCCAGACGCUCCUCUCAUUGCUUUCGGACUUGUUCAGCGCGGGGACGGAUACAAGUUCAGCCACCGUGGAAUGGGCGAUGGCGGAGCUGCUACUGAAUCCAUCAUCCAUGUCGAGAGCUCGCGAAGAGCUCGACCAAGUGAUAGGCUCUAAAGAGCAGGUUGAGGAGUCCGACAUAGGACAGCUCAAGUACCUCCAAGCCAUCGUGAAGGAGACGUUCCGGCUCCAUCCUCCGGCACCAUUCCUGCUGCCUCACGUGGCGGAGACGACGACACAGGUUCAGGGGUACACGGUUCCCAAGGGCACGCGCCUUCUGGUGAACGUGUGGGCCAUAGGGCACGACGGCAAGGUAUGGCCGGAACCGGAAAAGUUCAUGCCGGAGAGGUUCCUGGAGAAGGAGGUGGACUUCAAGGGCCGAGACUUCGAGCUCCUCCCCUUCGGGUCCGGGAGGAGGAUGUGUCCGGGGACGCCGCUGGCCGUUCGCAUUGUUCAUCUCAUGCUCGCGUCCUUGUUGCAUCGCUUCCAGUGGAGGCUUCCCGUAGACGUGGAGAAGAAGGGGCUGGACAUGACUGAAAGGCUUGGUGUCAACUUGUCCAUGGCCACGCCCCUUCAGGCUAUAGCCACGCCAGUUUGAAUGUAAUCAUCGUUCUAGGUGUGUUCAGUUUGAGGACGAAGUGAAACGGAAUGUCAUGGUUCCAUUACAUCGGAAUGGGUGGGUUCCAUUGCACCUGACGUUGUGCCAUGAAAACAUUAUCAAUGAAUAAAUAAGGAGUAACCAAAA